AAUUUCAACAACUUCUCUGACCUUUUUCCUCCAAUAUUUAAGUCAACCCAGGGGUGUUGACUAAAAAGUUAAAAACUCGUAGAAAGCUAAAAUCUAAAAUUUAAUCCGUAGACCACCUCCACCCGCCUGAGAAUUAUUACGUAAGAUUCCGGCGAGCUCUGGCAUGGCGAUCGCUGACCACAGCAGUCAUCGGUCAGGCCACUACGACGGCAAGUUGUGGAGGCUGUGUCCUUUCUGGCAAUCGGGAACGGCGUCUUCAUCCUCGUCAUCAACUCAGAAUCUUCAAACCAACAGUCAGCACAGCCAGCAAAACGGUGGCGUCGGCUUAAGCUCGGGGUCCUCUGCUAAUAGCGUUUCUUCUGUGGCUAGAUCCUUGUUACCGGCUCGGCGUCGCCUCCGCCUUGAUCCAGCUAACAAUCUCUACUUUCCUUAUGAACCGGGGAAGCAGGUGAGGAGUGCUGUUAGGAUUAAGAACUCCAGCAAGUCGCAUGUAGCGUUUAAGUUUCAAACUACUGCACCAAAGAGCUGUUACAUGCGACCGCCUGGUGGUAUCCUUGCACCUGGAGAAAGCAUUAUUGCAACUGUUUUCAAGUUUGUGGAGCAUCCAGAGAAUAAUGAGAAACCAACAGAGCAGAAGAGCAAGGUCAAGUUCAAGAUCAUGAGUCUUAAAGUGAAACAAGGAACAGAUUAUGUGCCUGAGUUGUUUGAUGAACAAAAGGAUCAAGUGACUGUGGAACGUAUUCUGCGUGUUGUGUUUUUGGAUCCGGAGCGCUCUACUUCUGCAUUGGAGAAACUCAAGCGUCAGUUGGCCGAGGCUGAAGCUGCAAUAGAGGCACGUAAGAAACCUCCAGCUGAUCCAGGUCCCCGUGUAGUUGGGGAAGGUCUUGUCAUAGAUGAAUGGAAAGAGCGAAGGGAGAAAUAUCUUGCUCGGCAGCAGGUCGAGGCUGUAGAUUCUGUGUAGAAUCUAGACGGUUUUCAUGGAAGUGCUUGUUUUGCCUGAACGGAGCUUUAAACCUGAAACGCAUCGUCUGUAUUUUGGGGAAGGGGUAGGAACAUGUCCAGUGCUCCAUGUAGAGAAGAAUAACAUGGUUAGAAAUCAAUUUUUGUGACAUAAAGGUGUCUUACGGAGAUAGCAGAAACAUUGGCAUAAUCGAAUUUGUAAAUAUUGCAUUUUAGUUUCCUGAAAUUCAACUCUGAUCAAGAUAGAAAGCUUGAAGUAGCAAGUUUUUCAGGUGUUCGAGAUUGUUUUGUACAUGAUGCCUGUGGCUGAGCUGCUUUUUCUGUCCAUCUUCCUCCUCUGUCUUUUGUGACAACAACGGUAAAUUUGUUAAUUGAAACCAAUAGUGCUUCAUC